AUGCCGGAAAAACUUGUCAUAGUAAUGGUCGGGCUUCCAGCCCGUGGAAAAUCGUACAUCGCACAACAGAUAGUGGGGUUUUUUCAGGACGCUUGUCACAACACGUCUAGUUCGCGUCUGUUUAACGCAGGAAAAGAGCGCCGUUCCCAGGCAGUGGAGGCCACAGAAGAGUCUCCGCGCUCCAAUUUAUACCGCACGGUGACUCGUCAGCGCUACCAUCUCGACGAACCUCAUCACACUUACCGCAUGGACGAAAAAAAGAUUGACGAUAAUACCGACUCUGAUGAGUCGGACGAUGAAAAUGCGGAGCAGGGGCAGAGUAGUCACCCGCCAUCUGAUUCUAUCUCACGCCGCGGGAGCGCUGUCCCCAUGAACAUGUUAUUCGAUACUGAAAAUGCAGCCGCGGUCUAUGCCCGCGACCAAAUAGCUCUGGCUACUAUUCAGAAGCUGUGCAUUUGGCUUGAGUCUCAGGACUCGCAUCAGGUGGCAGUUUUCGAUGCCACUAAUACGACGGUAGCCAGAAGGUCAAUGAUUCACGACACUGUUCGAGCACACACGUCAAGUUCCACACCAAUAAUAUUCAUCGAAAGUAUUUGCAACGACCCCAAAACCAUUCACAAUAAUAUCUUGCACAAAGUCACCAUGUCGCCAGACUUCCUGCACAACCCUGACAAAGAAUGGUGCUACCGCGAGUUUCACUCUAGAAUGAGAAAUUACGAACGCGUUUACGAGCCGUGCGAUGUCAGCGCGGAGUUUAAGCACGAUCCACACAUCGACCAAAUCAAGGUGGUAGACAGAGGUGCGAGCAUAACGCCUGCGUCAUUUGCGUCUUCGACGUCUUUGGCGCGUGACUGCGGGCUCCUAGAACUCUUAGACAGAGUUUACCGGAACCCCGCCAAGGACCUACCAGGGUCUUUGCCACGCAUGUUAGACUCGAUGUCUGCGGUUCGUUCUUCCUGCUCCUCUACCUCUUCCUCACUGUUUUCGAUUCCGGGUCUUUUGCUGGCAAAUCGUGUCUUUGAAUUCGAAAAUGUCCAGAAGAUCGCCGACGAGGUUACAUAUGAGCAAGAGCAGCUACAAAAUAUGAUACACAAUAUCCAAGUACAAGAGCAGAAGCAAGGCAAGGAAUAA